AUGCACUUCCAAUCGUGCGUAUCCACAAUCAUUGCUCACGAACUUCUGUUCGCCGACGACUGCGCCCUAAACACCACCUCGGAGGAGGGGAUGCAACGGAGCAUGGACCUAUUGUCCGCCGCCUGCGAGAACUUCGGUCUGGUCAUUAACACGCAGAAGACGGUGGAAAUGCACCAAACGCCACCCAACUCGGCCACAGCCCCCAACGCGCCGCCGCAAAUCAGCGUGAACGGAACCCAACUGCAGGUGGCGGAGAACUUCCCGUACCUGGAUAGUACUCUCUCCCGCAACACCAAAAUCGACGACGAAGUCGCCAACAGGAUCUCAAAAGCCAGUCAAGCCUUCGGUCGCCUCCAAAGCACAGUUUGGAAUCGUCAUGGUCUUCAGCUGACCACGAAGCUAAAGAUGUACAAGGCCGUCAUCCUGCCGACACUACUGUAUGAAGCGGAGACUUGGACGGUGUACGUAAAGCAGGCACGUCGUCUGAACCACUUCCACCUCAGUUGUCUUCGUCGCAUCCUGAGGCUGAAGUGGCAGGAUCGAAUCCCCGACACGGAUGUGCUGGAACGGACGGGAAUCCUCAGCAUCUACGCCAUACUGAGGCAAAUUCAGCUGCGCUGGAGCGGCCACCUGGUGCGCAUGGACGACGAGCGACUACCCAAACGACUCUUAUAUGAGACGUCGCGACGGGUUCUCGCCGUCAAGGAGGCCAGAUUCGCCGUUACAAGGAUACCCUGA